AAGCCGAGACCAUCGAACACUUGCUUCAAAAACGACCAAGAAAUGGAUUCGAACGCCUUGCGGAGGUCGAUUUUGAUAAUACACCUAGGGGAGAUCUGUUUCCUCAAGUAGAAAGCCCAACCUUGAUUGACUUGUGCAUCGUCGUCAUUGGUGGCCCUCUUUUGUUUGUCAUCAGCUACAAUUCUACUCUUACCAUUUCCAAUUUCAUGCCAGAGAAAAACAGCGAUUCAGGAAAACCAGGUUCGCUCAUAUUCAAUCUUUUCUAUCUACUCUGUACCAUUCCCCAGUCAACUUCUGCGAAUUCUUCUAUCAAAAUCUAGCCUCAUUUAUUGUGAACAGUAAAAUCUCUCCUGGUGCUUAUUUGAAAUCUAAGGAAAAUUGAACCCAUUUAACAAUGUGCCCAAGCCGUACUAUGUGUUGACAAGUAGUAAGGUGCCUAAUCAAUGGCAGAGUAUGUUGCCAUUCCAGUCGAUGUCAAGCUGCCAGCAUGUAGGCGUGUCUUUAUGGCCAGGACUUCACAUCUCCCACUCAGAAGGUGUUAUGGCUUGAGUGCUGUAGCCAAUGCUAAUGGUGCAAGUAUUGCUGAAUGGGUUCCAUACGUGGACCAAGUGCUUAUUUUAGCAAGUAUAACCCUUACUUAUAUGGCUGGAGUAAUUUCCAUGGAGAAAUCACAAUAUAAUGCUAAAAAAAGCAUUCCCCUAAUUGAUGUGAUCCCUGGAAACUCUUCCCCUGGUAGUGCAGUUUCAAGUGAUGAUGAAGUUCCAUUACAGUUUGCCUGGGAUGUUGUGAGUGGCAAGCUAAUAGAGGCCUUAUCUGCUAUCGAGAAAGGGGAAAAUUUUGUUGAUAGAAUUGGCGAAUUGGAACAAAAUUCUACAAAGCAAGCUUCAAGUUUGAGUGCUAUAGCUGAAGGUCCCAGGAUAAGGUUGCUGUGUGCAUCUCUAAAGUGGCUCAACAAAGAGAUAGCAAAUACUGCAAGCGCUGAAACAAAUUCUGCAAAUGAUUUAUUGUCUGUCUUCGCUAAAAUUAUUGAAAACUGCUGCCAACCACUUUGCAUGGCAUGGCUAGAAGAGGAGCUUUGCGUCAUCUCCCGGAAACAUGACAAGGCAUGCAAUAUAUGUAGUAACAUUGGAUCAAAAUACACUCUUAAAGAGUUCUUUUCAUUGGCCGAGAAAAAGUUAACUGGAUAUGACAACAUAACACAAAAUAUCAGAAAAUCAGGCAAGGAAUAUCUGUAUGCGGAGUUGGUUUAUGCCCUUGGAUUUGGUUCUACCAGGAAGGGUGGCUAUUACAAUGGUAGCUUGUUUAUCCAGAAUGGAGUGGCUAUAUUAGAAGAUUUGCUUAUCACACUAGCAGACGGCAUUGCGAGCAUGUAUUUAGAGCUUAUAUCCGUUGACAGUAGCUUGUGUAAUGAAAUGAACAACCUGGGCUUGAGUUUGUGUACCCUGUCGACAAGAGCGCUUCAGAGAUUGCGCAAUGAGGCAUGACUUUUCUUCUUUUUUCGGUGUUGUCCUUACCUUUUCUUCCACCUUUUCUUUUUCCCUUAAUUUAUUUGGUGUGAAAUAUGCAUGUGUAAAUGCCGAUUUUGUGAACCUUGGUUUUGAACAAUUAUUUGAACAUAAAUUACAUUCUGGAUCCUAUUUCUACUAGACAAGAGGCGUAUUAAGUAUGAGUGACAUGAAAUGGCUGCUUGAUCUACUGAAUCCAUAUAAAUUUACUUCAAUGCAGUUCUUUUAAUGGGUUGUUUAACCUCCUGAUUGAGCAAAGAAAAUUAUGUGGAGCAUGCAAUUCUUUAUUUGGCAUCAAAUUUUGAAUAUUGUCCAUUAUCUCUUGGUGACAUCAUUCCUGUAAAAUUGCCACCUCAGUGCACACAUUUGCUUUUACUAUUAAUAUUCUGCUCGGUUCUGCAACUUGCUUCAAGCAGGAGACUUGGAAUUGAAGAUGCUGUAGUAAACCUAUUCAAUUGGAUUUAUUUUAUUUUAUUUAUUCUACUUCGACUUAUUAUUAUUUACAGGCAGCGUUACAACAAUGGUUGCAUCAGAACAUGGCAGCAGUGGUGUCCAUGUACGAAGAUCGGUUUGACCUUUGCACGCUUGAAAGGCGAAUAUUUGAGGAAUCUAACAGCAGUGAGGCCAAUAAUCUUGGUUGGUGGAAGAGGCUUGUUGUCAGGAGAUCAGGACACGUCUCACCAUCGUUGAGUUUUGUUGUGAUCACCCAUGUCUCUGUAUCUGUUAAGAGAACCAAGGAGUUAAGGAUCUUGACUGGGUGGAGGUACUAUUUCAGUCUAUUCCUGGAACUGGCUGACAUCACAAUGCCAUUUGUAAAAGCAGUCAUUGCUAAAGUGAGUGAUGCCAUCUCAUUUUUCCUAGUCUGUUUGAUUGGCCGGUCUUUGGGACUAAUCUACUCUGGAAUUCGCAAUUCCUUAAGCAGAAAGUAACAUUUUAAUAAAUACCAUAGCGCGUCUUUGAGUUUCAUUUCAAUCUUUUUCUGCCUGAUUAUUUUUGAAAAUUAACAUUAUGCAGGCAAGUUUUUUCUUUUCCCAUUUAUAUUAGCCUUGGAGUGGAACUGUAUUUUUAUGUCCCGAUAUCUUAUUUGAUUUCCAAGUGUAGAAGAUUAUUGGGAGACCGUGUUUAUGAACUAUUGUUAUCAUCCAUUGUCCUGAGCUAUCUUAUCUCACGUUUCCAGCCAGAGACAAUCUAGUUAUAUUACUAUUAUAGUGACUGGUGAGAAUAAAAAGUAAUUAUUGGCCACAAAAUAGAAAUCAAGGUGGCGAGCAUAUAUAAUUACAAAGGCAAAAAUAGCCUUUUUCACCCCCACGGAAGAUGUUAAGUUUUUCACACCCAAGUUAAUUUGGUGUUAAGAUAUUGUGCGAUGA